CGUAGCGCCGCAUGCGGUAUUCGUUGUUUGCGCUGCUGGUUGUGCGGAGCCUGGUGGUGUGCUGGCGGUUCUCCAACCUUUCCAGCACCACCACAGUCUCCGCGUGUGCCUGUUGAAUCAUCUCUGAAAAUUUUAAACGUUGGUGACCACGCAAUAAAAUUGGCCAACAUCUGGGGUGAGCCCCGCUGUGAUCUUGAAGGUGCCGUCGCCAAAAAUGAAUCCCGUGAGAGUGAGCCAGUUGAUGACGUUCAGGAACGCGAACACCAGGCUCCUCAUACCAGGCGGGCCCACGAUACCAUGGUACAGCUGUUCCUCUGGCUGGGUGGUGGAUCGCCCGAAGUGGAGCCAGUUAUCGUCGGUAAGCAGGAAGAGGCACGUUUUUUUCUUAUUUCUUCUGCAACUACAGAGCUUGCAACCCAAGGUUACAACAUGCCUCGCUACAAGAAAGGUGGAGUCCGUCGUAGGUUCAAGAGACCUGCCAAGGGCACUCGUCACUAUGGAAGUCAAUCAUGCAAGUUGGCUGCUGCAAAUCCGUCUAUGGCCGUUGAUUCAACAGAGCCGUCUCAGCGUCAGGAGGAAGCUUGUGAGGACCAUAAUGGAUAUUUUUUAGGAUUCAAUACCAACAGUUGGUGUCAACCCAUCAGAGUGCUUUCUCUAUUUGACGGAAUUAGUUCAGGACUCUUGGCGCUUGAUUCUUUAGGAAUAAAAGUCAGUGAAUACUUCUCUGCUGAGAUUGACAAAGAUGCAAUUUCCAUUCAGAGAAAAAGAUUUUACGGCAGAAUCACAGAGAUUGGAGACGUAGAGGCCUGUACUGAGCUUUUAUUGGACCAAAUUGCACCUAUACAUCUUUUGAUUGGUGGUUCCCCAUGUAAUCAACUGUCAAAAGUCAAUCCGAAGAGAAAGCUAUUUGCCCCAGGCUCAAGUGGAAGGCUGUUCUUUACCUACGUUAAAAUUUUAAAUUACUUAAAAAAAAAGGCAAUAGAAAAUAAUCAUAAUUUUUUCUAUCUGUAUGAGAAUACAUCAAACUUGGACCGUUCUACCCUCCUCACAAUGACAAAGGCAUUCAAUGCAGAACCCCAGGUGGUAGAUGCUCUCAGCUUUGUUCCGAUGAGAAGGAAAAGGCUAUUCUGGCACAACUUAGGUAAAAGUGAUGUUGAUCUGGCUUCCAUGGAAAUUCCACCACUGGAAGAUUUCCUAGAUCCAGGCCGCAUAGCUACUGUCAACAUGGUUUGUACCAUUACAACAAAUAAUGCAUCUCAAAAGAAGAAGGAUAAAUGUCCUGUUGUCAACUUUGAUGGGGAAGAAUGUACCUUAAAUGUUAAUGAACUGGAAAGAAUAUUUCAUUUAGGUGAGGGCUUUACAGAUAAUGGUAACUUGUCCAUUUCUAGACGGAGGAAACUUAUUGGUAAAUCUUGGGUUGUUCCUGUCAUUGCUUGUCUAUUGAACCCUUUACUUAAAGUGCUACAAGUAUAAAUGUUAAAGAUGAGAAACAUUUUAAAAGGAAUGUGGUAUCUGUUUCUUUUUCUGUACAAAAAAUGAAAGCUGAUACUCUUUUUAUACUGUCCCCUGCUCCUCCUAAAAGUCAGAUUUGUAAAAUUGUAAU